AUGUUUCUGGAGGGACGAGGGCUGCCUCCCUGGGGUCUGGGGGCAUUCGGGACCACCAAGAUCCUGUGUGGAGUGAUCAGUGGGACGCAGGAUGCGCCCAGCUCCGGGGAGCCCCUGUCACAGGGGUAUCCCGCCCAGUACCCGCCGCCGCCGCCUCCUCCUCCCCAGACCCGCCUGCCGCCGGAGUACCCGGCAGCUCUGCCCCAUCCCGGCCAGGAGUACGCUGGACAGUCCAUCACCGAGGCCGGACUUCGACUCUACCCCCAGCCCCAGGCUCUGAUCGACACGGCGACGGCGGUGGACGGGCCCAUAGCGGGAAUCGCGCCUCCGCCCACGCAGCAGGAAGAUUCGAGUCAGCAGAACACACCGCAGCUGUCUCAAGAGUCCGAGGACACCAAGGCACAGCCCAAACGUCUCCAUGUCUCCAACAUCCCGUUCCGGUUCAGAGAUCCCGACCUGCGGCAGAUGUUUGGGCAAUUCGGCAAAAUCCUGGACGUUGAAAUUAUCUUCAAUGAGCGGGGAUCGAAGGGGUUUGGAUUCGUCACGUUCGAGAACAGCGUUGACGCCGACCGUGCACGGGAGAAGUUGAACGCUACCAUCGUGGAGGGCCGGAAGAUUGAGGUCAACAACGCAACAGCGCGGGUUGUGACUCCCAAGAAGUCCCCUGCUUCCUACAUCAAUGGCUGGAAGAUUAACCCCAUGGUCGGAGCUGUCUAUGCCCCGGAAAUAUUCACAGUGACUGGUUUCCCGUACCCAGUGGCCGCUGCAGCUCCAGCCAUCGCCUACAGGGGGACCCACCUGCGUGGCCGGGGCAGGGCCGUUUACAACACUAUCCGGGCAGCGGCGGCGCCUUCGCCUAUCCCGGCCUACGGAGGAGUUGUGUAUCAGGACGGUUUAUACGGGGCAGAUGUGUAUGGCGGUUACAACACAUACCGUGUGGCCCAACCCACUGCAGCCGCUGCGACCUACAGUGACGGGUACGGCAGAGUAUACACCACAGCUGAUCCGUACCAUCAUACACUGGGACCUGGCGCAACCUAUAGUGUCGGGACAAUGGCCAGUCUGUAUCGUGGCGGAUACAACAGAUUUACUCCGUACUAA